CUGUGGUUAAAGUAUCAUAAAUGUCAUUCCUAAACCUUGGUAUUUUAUAUUUCCAUUUGUAAAUAAACACAAAACUACGUUUCCAACAAAAAUAAUUAAGUUGAAAAAAAAACGUGGUUUGAAUUUUCUUAAAUGUAGAAUAAAGAAUUUACAAUGGUCGAGGACUCCAGUUUGAAUUCCAAUAAAUCAACGAAGACCAAAACCACUCGACCUAAGGCCGUUUACCUGUGGACGGAAGCUGACGUUCAGAAGUGGCUACGUCGUCACUGCAGUGAUUAUUACAAUUUGUACUGGGAAAGGUUUCACGAGCAUGAUAUAACAGGUAGGGCACUUGUUCGUAUAAACGACAACACGCUACUGAGAAUGGGGAUAACUAACAAGGAACAUAGAGAAGCCAUUUGGAGAGAGAUACUGAAACUGAGACUCAAGACUGAUAUUGUCGAGAUCAGGGAUUUAGAAAGAAGUCAUUAUUACUUUAAUUAUGAUUUGUGAUCUGAGAGUCCGUCCACAAAUAUUUAUUAUUGUGUUGUAAUUUGUCAGGAAUUGUCAGACUUGAUAAUAUUUAUAUCUGUAUGAACAAAUUUUAUGGAUGAUCAUUUAAAAACUGGACCUUCCGUAAAAUACAUCAUGCAAAAUUUUGCCAUUUUGGAAACAUCCCUCCAAAGUUGAGGAGUCGUUUGGAAUUUUUUCGAUUUCGAAACUUUUUACAACAGUUAUAUAACGUAACGGUAAGUAUAUAACGGUAAAUAGACUUCUAAAUAAGUGAUGACAUUCUAUCGUCAUAAAAAAAUAUGAACUGUAGAGCUAUGUCAAAAAAAGGAAAAAUAAAUAAGUGAGAUUGUCA